AUGGACCGGCGGUCGUGCCGGAGCCGGUACGAGUCGUGGCUGUACUACAAGUACUUCCCGCACGCGGCGUCGCCGUACCUCCAGCGCAAGCUGCGCGCCUACGAAGCUCGGCACCGCCGGUGCGCCCCCGGCACGCCGCUCUACGCCAAGUCCUUGGAGCAGCUCCGGUCCGGCCGCAGCGCCGACGGCAUGGAGUGCACCUACGUCGUGUGGCUCCCCUUCGACGGCCUCGGCAACCGCAUGCUGUCCAUGCCGUUCCCGGGCACGACGUGGCGGCUCCCGGUGGACCACGACUUCCCCAUCGAAGACCUGGUCCCGCGGGGGCAGCACAUUGAGAAGUCGUACACGAGGCUCCUCUACGCCAAGGUGGUCGGCCCGGACGCGAACGCGACGGCGGGCGUGCCGGCGUACGUGUACCUGAGCAUGGGGUGGCAGCUCAAGGACCCGCUCUUCUUCUGCGGUGAGCACCAGCUCGUGCUUGCCAAGGUCAACUGGCUGCUGCUGUACAGCGACCUCUACUUCGCGCAGUCUCCGUACGCGGUGGCCGAGUUCCAGGACGAGCUCCGGCGACUGUUCCCGGCAAAGGAGAGCGUGAGCCACCUCCUGUCCCGGUACCUCUUCCACCCGACCAACCCCGUGUGGAGUCUGACCACCAGGUACUACCGAUCGUACCUGGCUUCGGUGAAGCGGAGGAUCGGUGUGCAGAUCAGGAUGUUCAGCUACGGCUCCAUCCCCGCCGACGACAUGUACGCCCAGAUCCUCGCGUGCUCGCGACAGGCGCACAUACUGCCGGACACCGGCGGCGGCGGCGGCGCUAGUGACAAUGGUGUGCUGGCAACGAGGAGCGACGACAAUGGCGAUGGCUCCAACUCCACGGCCAUCUUGGUGGCGUCUCUCUACGCGGACUACUACGAGAGGUUGAGGUCGAGGUACUAUGAGCACGCGGCGAAGGGCGGCGAGACGGUGGCCGUGUUCCAGCCGUCGCACGAGGAGCGGCAGGCGACAGACAACUUGGCGCACAACCAGACAGCGUAUGGCCACAAGGUUCCCGAGCCGCCGUGCCGGCGGGCCGUGUCCAUUGAGCCGUGCAACCUCACGCCGCCCCUGGGUGUGGAGUGCCGGGGCAAGCCCGUAGACAAGGAGGACCUGGCACGCAUGCCUAGGACAGCUGCCUCUACGCCUAGGACUCAAGUCCACUGUGGCCCAGAUACACGUGUACUUGGCCGUCUUGCGCGAAUGCUACUCCUGGGCUGGUUGUCGCGCGAAGGCUUCGUUGUCGGAUGGGCUACAGAGGCGCGCGGCCUGCUUCAGGUUCAGGUUCAGAGCUUUCUUCAGGUUCAGGCUCCAGACCAGCAACAGCAUGCGUAA